CGAACCUCGUCCUUUCCGCUCUCCCGAAAUGCCUAUACAACAUGCCCUCGCAUGCACAGAUGCGUAGCUUUUGGACCACCUUCUCCCGUGUUCUUUUUAUUAUUGGCACGCUCGCGCAGGUCGCGUUGCUCGCUGUAAUCUUCCGGUCCUAUGCCGGUGACGAUGUUUCCGGUGCAGCUACGCCUGUAGCUGACGCAGCACCAGUCGCAAAGUCGAAGUCAAGUGGUUUUACUUUGCGACAUCUCUUCCAUCAUGGCGCUGGUAUCCCCGGACCGCGGGCGCGUAGGCUCGAUGUUACGCCUCAGCGUAUCACCGCAGCUGAUGCUGAGUCCCAAGUCGGACCGUUUUCGGUUAGGCUAUCACCAGUGAAGAUCGAAAGGCCUGCAUACCGAUUAUACGACGCUCAAAGCCCCAUGUCUCCGAUGUGGAUUGCCGAGGAUGUUGAAGGUCCUGACGUAGAAGAGAAGGAGACUGUUAUAAAUUUCGCCUACAUGUCUGAGGAUGCCUACAAGGUUGGACAUGACGAUCCGGGGUGGUUGGAUGUUGAUGAGCAAUACAAUUCAUCCAUUCCGUUUGGUUGGGAUGACAGCGGCAUUAGAGGCCAUGUAUUCAGCGACGACACCAACUCCACUAUCAUCCUAUCUGUCAAAGGGACUACGGUCGCCAUGUUCGAAGGGAAUGGGACAUCUGGAAACGAUAAGGAGAACGACAAUCUCUUCGGAUCUUGUUGCUGUGGUCAGGGUGGUGCUUAUCUUUGGCGUCAGGUGUGCGACUGCCAGACUGGUACCUAUACUUGCGACGACAAGUGCGUCAAAGACGAAAUCAAGAAGCCGAACAGAUACUAUGCAGCGACGGUCGAGCUAUAUGAGGAGGUCAUCAAGCUCUACCCCAACGCAAACAUCAUCACGACAGGUCAUAGCCUAGGUGGAGUGCUUGCUUCUUUGAUUGGCUUACAGCAUGCCGUCCCCUCUGUGACAUUCGAGACCUACCCUCAAGCUUUGGCGGCUAAACGCCUGGGUCUACCAACUGCAGGCGAUGUAGCUCCUCUGAGGAAGUAUACUGGAGGUUUCCACUUUGGACAUACAGCGGAUCCUGUUUACAUGGGGACCUGCAACGGGCCUUCGAGUUUUUGCACCCUUGGAGGCUAUGCUUUCGAAACUCUCUGUCAUACAGGAAAGAGGUGUGCUUACGAUGUAGUCAAAGACUGGGGUUGGAGACAAAGCACGUCAACGCAUAGCUUGAGAUACGCCAUCGACAAAGUCUACAAAGUCUACGAUAAGGCGGCGAAAUGCGAGGAUGAGGAUGUCAAUUGUGUUGACUGCUUUCUGUGGAAAUAUGAGAAUGGCACGCACACUAAGCCGACGACUACAUCGACAGCGACAAGCACUACAUCUUCGCAAACGCGAACGGAGACAUGUAAGACGCCAGGGUGGUGGGGAUGCCGCGAUGAGACGGCAACAUCGACCACAUCUAGCACAUUCAGUAGUACAACCACCACCAGCACUUGUAAAACGCCUGGCUGGUUCGGCUGCAAGGACACAACCGCAACCACAACCAUAACCACAACCACUUCGUCGACUGAGCCCACCACAACGACAUGUACGAGCAAAGGCUGGUUCGGCAAAUGUCGUGACAAGGUAUCUGUUACGACAACACCGGCAGUGGAAGGGCAUGCAUACUGGCGAACAGCACCAACUGCGACGCAAACGGCUCCAUAGCUUGACCUUUUGAACGAUAACGUAUAUUUCACACCUAACUCUGCGUUAAUGUGACACAAUUGCUCUAACUACACGAUGGAGCUGAUUCGCUGCCAGCUUACGAGUCAUUCCAAUCAUUCCAAUCUGCCCAAAAGCAACAUACGAGUUGAGCGACUCACCACGUCUUUGCACUAGCUUUAUCUGACUCAAAGCGCACCCCCAUCCGCCCUCGCUUGAGCAUUUCCUGGUGUCAAAAGUUUCCGUACCUCCGAUAACAACUCCAAAAUGGCAUGUCUCAACGUACCGCAUGAGUUUGUUCUAAUAUCGCGUCAUGUCUUUUAAACUGUAUCCGCACGAAGAGCAUAUUUACAUGUACUCGUAGCAGAACGAUAAUACGGAAUCAUCAACUAAGAUAACCGC